AUGUUGGAAGUGAGGGUGCUGGAACUGCAUGAUCCGCCUGCCGACUUCCCGUUUUAUUUGUUGAUUUAUUUGCUGCCUCAUCCGAAGCCACUUUGGAAAACAGAAGUUUACAGUGCUACAGCCAACCCUGUGUCCUAUGCGCAAACGUUUCGGCAGUGUAUCCGACCAAAGGAUCUAAGCAAGGUGUUUUUAUUGACAUUCAAUUGUGUGCAUGAUUAA